CUGCUGUCAUAAGUACACUGCAGGCCAAAAUUUAUUCGACGCUUGAAUCGCACAAAUUUAUCCUCGUGUAUGUAGCUGCGCAGUACGACCGUCCGGUCAUAAUUUUCCCUCUUUCCGUCUUGCACUGUUUGCGAUACACAUAAUUCAUCUAUCCGGGAAUUAUUUCAGAAUCUGUAGUCUGCAGCUUGGAUUUUGGGGGGACUGAUCGUUAACGGACGCAUAGGGGAUAACUCGCAAGGAUACACUAAAGAUUUCAUUUUUUCUAUUGCUUUCGGUUCCCUCCUUUCAAAAUGGCCUCGGGAGUGACCAUUGCUGAUGAUUGUAAGCAGCAAUUUGAAGCCAUUAAAAGAGAUAAAAAACACCGGUAUCUCGUAUUCGUAAUAAAAGACGAAAAGCAAGUUGUUGUGGAGAAGGCCGGCGAUCGGAAUGGGAAGUACCAGGAUUUCGUUCAGGAUCUCCUAGCCGCGGGACCCGACGACUGCCGCUACGGUGUGUUUGAUUACGAAUACGAUCAUCAGUGUCAAGGAACUGCCACAGAAAGCCGGAAACAAAAGCUCAUCCUCAUGUCAUGGUGCCCCGACACCGCCAAAAUCAAGAAAAAAAUGUUGUACUCCAGUAGUUUCGAUGCCUUAAAGAAGGCUUUGGUCGGCGUGGCCAAGUACAUCCAAGCGACAGACGAAUCGGAAGCCUCAAAGGAAGCUGUGGAAGAAAAACUGCGCUCAACAGAUCGUACUUGAAGUGCAACAGCCACUUAUCUUUUGCGGAUAAUAAUAGCGAGCUGAUUGGUUUUGAUCUGUUUAUUCGUGUAGACAAAAGGGAGCUGAUGUUGUUGUACUGUUUAUAUGCGAGAUGGUUCCUAUGCAGACCUGACAGUUUUACUUUCUCUAACUGUGUAGCUCAGCUUGCGUUGUUUCGGAUGCUCGGUUUUUUUGCUAGUUAGAUUGGAAUUUUUGACAUUGAUACACUGAAAUUCAUACUUUUUGCACUAAUUACAGUAAAUCGUGAAUUUGUG